UAUCUUUAUGGCGAAAUUAGAACAUGGCCCACUCAAGACGCACAUCUGUGGAACUGAAAUGUACAUACGGUACGUCGAUGACACCUUCGUGCUUUGCGAAUCCGAAAAGCAUGCAGAACAGUUGCUGAAGGCCUUUAAUGAUGCACAUGAUAAUCUACGCUUCACCUGUGAGCACGAAAAUAAAAACCGUUUACCUUUCUUGGAUGUAGAAGUCAUCCGCAAUUCGGACGGCUCAUGUAGCAGAAAGGUACACAGAAAGCAUACGUGGACUGGACAGUACACUAACUUUCACAGCGCGGUGCCUUUACAGCACAAGAGGAGUUUAAUCCGAUCUCUUGCCUUCAGGGCGCGCAGUAUUUGCACUCCGGAUACCGUCAACGAAGAGCUACAGAGAAUCAGCGACGCCCUUCGUGAGAAUGGUUAUCCCGAUAAGUUUAUCAUGAAGCAUAUGAAAGAACGCAAGCGAAAGCCACCUAGAAGCAUUGCUCCCAAGAAAGAGCUGUUCAUACAUUUACCAUUUAAGGGCGACACUGCAGCUGAUAUCCUAUCUCGACGUUUGAAAGAUGCUGUUGAGAAAACUUAUUUCGCAGCCCGCUUAAGAAUUGUUUACCACAACAAACCAUUGCUUGCAAAACCCUUGAAAGAUAGUCUGCCAUCGUUGACCCGUUCAAUGCUCGUUUAUCAGUACUCGUGCUCUUGUGGUGCACGAUACGUGGGUCGCACAACGAGACGUCUAUCCCAGAGGAUUCGCGAGCACAUCCCGGCGUGGUUUUACAAAGGCGAAAUGAGGGCCUCAGACAGCUCAAUCAUGUCGCACCUCCUCGAAAGUGGCCAUACUGCAUCUGAGAAUGACUUUAAAGUCAUCUACUCACUACCUGAACGCUUAUCGCAAGGCUUCCGAAAGCAAAUCUUGUCUAUCGCCGAGGCUAUUUACAUCCAUCAUCUGAAGCCGGAAUUAUGCGUACACAAACGAUUCAUACGGCCGAUACUACUACCUUGGCCGACUGACAUGGUUACUUAACUACCCUUUGUGACCUUAGCUAUUUACUUUAGGCCCUGAAGCUUGUAUUAAUUUCCUUUGAUGCACUUUUCCUACCAUCUGUAGCCACCUUUAGUCAUCGAUCUUGACCUUUCAAACACCUUAGAAAUCAAUCCCAGCCCGAUUUGACGCUUACCCCACAUAAUCCGUGUCAUGUAAAAGUUUGGGUCUGACGAGAUUUUACCGAAAAGAUAUCUUAACCCUGAACUGUUUUCUGGUCUUGAUUCAUCUGAUUACAAUAGGAAUAUUUGCUGUGUUGAAAAUCAGCAUUGCCCGUGAUUCGUUGAAAACU